AUGGAACAAAACAAUGGCACUGAAGUGACUGAAUUCAUCCUCCUGGCAUUUGCUGGUCAACACAAGUGUGCUCAUCUAGAGGGUAACAUUGGCAUGAUCCUAUUCAUCAAGAUUGAUUCUUCCCUUCACACUCCCAUGUACUUUUUUCUCCAAAACUUGGCAUUUGUUGAUCUCUGCUACACCUCUGCUAUCACUCCCAAGAUGUUGCAAAACUUUGUAGGGACAGAACAAUCCAUCUCAUUCAUAGGAUGUAUGGUGCAGUUACUAGUCUGUGGUACUUUUGCAACAAGUAAUUGCUACAUCCUCGCUGCUGUGGCAGUGGACUGUUAUGUAGCCAUCUAUAACCCACUUCACUAUGGAACAGUUAUGCCCAAGAGAGUCUGCAGUUCAUACUUCAUGGGUUUCAUACUUCAUGAGUUUCCUUCAUACUUCAUGGGUUUCGUAAAUGCUUCUGUAAACACAAGUUUUCCUUUCUCAUUGAACUUUUGCAAAUCCAAUAAAAUUAACCUUUUCUGUGAUGAACCCCCAAUUCUGGCCCUCUCAUGCUCCAGUAUUUACUUCAAUGUCAUGCCACUAGCAGCCUUUGUGGGGUUUAACUUGACGUUCACUGUGUCGGUCGUCAUCUUUUCCUACAUGUUUAUCCUGGGUGCCAUGUUGAAGAUCUCUUCUGCUGCAGGGAGGAGAAAAGCCCUCUCCACGUGUGCCUCCCACCUGACAGCCGUCACCAUUUGCUAUGGGACUCUGUCUUACAUGUAUCUGCACCAUCGCACCACAGAAUCUCAAGAGCAAGAAAAAAUGGCUUCUUUGUUUUAUGGCGUCAUGAUCCCCAUGUUAAACCCCCUCAUCUACAGCCUGAGAAACCAAGAUGUGAGAGAAGCCCUAAAAGGGGUUGGAAAAAAGUACUUCAAGUUUGAUCCUUGA